UCACCUGCCUGCAUCAGAACCAUGUGUGACCAGCAGCAGAUUCAGUGUUGCAUGUCACUCCCCCAGUGCUGUGUGAAGGGCUCCUCCUUCUAUUCCUCCCAGAAUCCCAGUGCCAGGAGCCAGGUUGUGGUCCAAGCACCUUGUGAGAUGCAAAUUGUGGAGUGCCCCGCACCAUGCCCAUUUCAAGUUUCCCAGGUAAAAUGCCAGGCUCCAUGCCAGUCCCAGACCACACAGGUGAAGUGUCAGGCUCCAUGCCAGUCUAAGACCACCCAAGUGAAGGGCCAGGCUUCAAGCCAGUCCCAGACCACCCAAGUGAAGAGCCAGGCUUCAAGCCAGUCUCAAAUUUCCUGUGUUCAAUGCCAGGCUCCAUGCCAGCCUCAGGUUUCCUAUGUGCAUUGUGAAGCCCCAUGCCCUUUUCAGACCUGCUAUAUGGAAUGUGCUCCAGUUUAUUAUACAGAAACUUGUUAUGUGGAAUGCCCAGUCCAGACCUACAUACCCUGUCCAGCUCCUCAGCCUGUCCAGACUUACGUGGCUUCUCCCCCAGUUUCCCAGACUCAGGGAAGAUUCUCCACUCAGUGCCAGUAUCAGGGCUCCUCCAACAGAUGCUCCCCGCAGCGUCAGUCCCAGGCUUCCUACAGCACCUGUGCCCCGCAGUUCCGAUCUGGGGCUUACUACGGCGACUGCGCCCCCCAGCGCCAGUCCCGGGCUGCAUUUAGCACUUGCGCACCCCAGUGCCAGGCCACUGGUUCUUACCGGAGCUUCACCGCACAGCGUCGCUCGCGGAGCUCCACCAGAUGCCUCCCUGCUCGCCAGCUGCAGCCUUCCUACCGCAGCUGCUCCCCACCACGACGGUCUGAGCCCUACUACAGCGGCUGCCUGUCAUCAGCGUGCUCUUCGGGCUCCUAUAACUACUGCACCCCUCCGCGCCGCUCGGAGCCCAUCUAUAGCAGUGGCUGUCCUCCGGCUCGCACUUCAGGCUGCUCUCAGAGAUGUGGUCCCAAGUGCCGGAUAGAGAUUUCUUCCCCCUGCUGCCCCAAGCAGGUCCCCCCGCAAAAGUGUCCUGUUCAGAUUCCUCCCAUCAGACGCUGCUCUGAGAGUUGUGCCCCACGACCCUCCUGGGGUGCCUUCUGCCCGGAGCUGAGGCCACGUGCAGAGUCACGUCCACUCCCAAGCUUCUGUCCAUCGCGGCGUCGGGACCAAAGUCCAGAGCCGCCGCUGCAUCGAUGCCCACCCCCUGCCCCCUGUCCAUGCCCACGUCCUGGGCUGUAUCCUCGCCCAGAGCCAAGCUCGAGGUCAGGGCCUCGUCUGUGUCCUCCACCGCGGCGACUCUCUGAACCCUGUCUGUGUCCAGAGCCACGUCCAGCCCCACGUCGUUUCCCAGCGCAGCGUGAAUUUCCCGAAUGGCGUCCGUGUCUACAGCCCUAUGAGCAUCCAGAACCUCAUUCACUCCCGGAGCCAAUUCCCCUUCCAGCGCCGUGCCCGAGCCCGGAGCCCUGUGUGGAGCCCCCGUGCGAUCCCAGCCCGUGCUCAGGCCCCAAUCCAAUCCCAUGUCCGGGGGACCUGGGCUGUCAUGAGUCCAGCCCAUGCCGCCUGGACACCGAGGCUCCAAGCUGCGACCCAGCUGCUUAUAACCAGUGGCAAGGAAGUGGUGACAGCUGUGGACCCUGUGAUACGAUUCCAGAGCCACAGAGUGUCAGUGAUUGUGGAGACCAAGGAGGCCCCUAUGUUGGAGUAAAAGGAGGUCCUUCUGCUGGAACAAAGGGUGCUUAUUUUUAA